AUGCUCUAUCCGGCGAAGCCAGACUCGAACGUCGAACGACGCGCGACCAUCGUGGUUACGCUUCUAUGCGCGGGGAUUCUUUAUGCCGUGAUGUGGCUGCCGGCAAUCUUGGGGCACGUCUACACGGCCGAUGAUUUGGGGGCGUUCCAUCUUCCGCUGCGGCACUUCUAUGCAACGUGUCUUGCCGCAGGCGAGUCUUUCGCGUGGUGGCCGAACCUCUUUGGUGGGUUCUACGCCUUGGGCGAAGGACAAGCCGGGAUGUACCACCCCUGGCACUUGCUGCUGUAUCGGGUGUUUCCGCUGAACGUCGCUUGGAACCUCGAACUACUGACGAACUACCCCCUGCUCUUCGCCGGAACUUAUUUCUUCCUGCGGCAACAGAUCCAACGUACCGAUGCGGCGCUGGCUGGUGCGGCCUUGCUGACCUUCUCUGGGUUCACCCUGCUGCACUUCAUGCACGUGAAUGCGAUCUCGGUUGUUGCUCAUUUGCCUUGGCUGUUGCUGGCCAUCGAUUGGGCAAUGACGGCUCAGACCGCCAAGCAUGUUCGUCUUGCCCUGUUGGCCAUUGCACUUCUGACGGGUUCACAACUGUUGUUGGGCUAUCCGCAAUAUGUGUGGAUGUCUUGGCUGAUUGAGGGUGGAUAUGUUUUCACGCUUUUAGCGAGAAAUAAAACUGCGAUGCGUCGUCUGCCCGCGUUGGCUUUCGCCGUGUUGAUUGGUGUGGGCAUUGGUGCAAUUCAGCUUUGGCCCACGUACGAGUCGCUUUCGCUAUCGGCGCGAUCAAACGUUGAUUCGACGUUCUCAACUUCCGGGUCGCUCCACCCCAGCAAUGUGGUGCAGUUGGUCGCUCCAUACCUGUUUGUCGAUCGGGUGAUCGGCCGUAAUACGCACGAGUUGGGUUUGUACUGUGGGAGUGCCACGCUACUGCUGGUGGUGUGGCUUCUCGCCUCGCGAAGUGGGUUAGGAAACCUGAAGUGGCUUGUGGGAUUUGCCGCAGGGCUUGUCGUCGCCGGGCUGUGGCUGGCCAUCGGGCAGUACUCUUCGCUGUAUCCACUACUGGCGAAACUACCGGUCAUCGGGAGUUUCCGAUUUCCUACACGUUACUUGUUGCUUGUUUAUCUAGGCAUGUCGCUGCUGGCCGCCGUGGCGAUUGUGCAACUCUCGCGGCGAGAGGUUGCGAAUCCUGCUAAUCGACGGCAGGCCAUCAUCGCGGUGUGGUGUACCGUUGUGGUGAGUGCUCUACUCGCUGCAGUGGCCCCGGUGCUUUGGCCGUCCGAAUACCUGGCAACCGUUGUUGUUCGAUGGGUCGGGCCCGUGCUGUUGUUGGUUUCCGCAGCGGCAAUCACGCUGGCCACGCUUGGAUAUCGAGUCGCACUGCCUGCGCUGGUUGUGUUGGCAUUGGUCGAUCAGGGCGUUUACGGCUUGUCGUAUGCCGUCCUGCCGCACACGAAAUCGUUCGACUCUUGGCACGAAAGUAAUUCCCUGGCAUCCAUCGCCGGCGGUAAUCGUGUGGCCCUGGACUUGGUUGGGGCUAAACGUGAUGGCCCCUUCACCGGGAACGAAGCCACCGCCAGUGGCGUUUACCGCAUCGACGGGUACGCCGGGCUGAUUCCACAAAGUCAGCUCGAUUACCGUCAGCUCAACGCUUUGCGUCUCGCCGGGGUGCGAUGGGUCCAUGACCGGGCGGCGGACAAGGUGGUUGGCUCGCUGGGAACUGUCCGUGGUGAAUGGCAUGCGGUUCCCAACACGAUGUCACGCGUGCGCUGUGUGACGGAAGUGGUUGCCACCGACAACCCUGGAGCAUCACUCGAGGACAUCAACCUUGAAACCACGGCCGUGGUCGAUGAAGGCACCACGCUCGAAUUCGACACACAGCCACCCGGCACUGCCAUGCUUGUGGACGACCGGCCGGGGCAACUUGGCGUGCGAACCACCACUCCCUCGCGACAACUUCUGGUCACCACCGAACGCUUCCAUCCCGGUUGGCAGGCUUCCAUUGCUGGUGAGCCGGUCGAGGCCAUUCCUGUGAACGGCGACUUCCUGGGGUGUGUGGUUCCUACAGGCACGCAUGAUGUGACGUUUCACUUCAACGCCGCCAGCCAUCGCUAUGGGGCGGUGGUCUCUACGUUCUCGCUGCUAAUCGCUUUUGGUCCUGUCAUGACAACCGAUCAAUUCACAGCACCAACGUCACGACGAACACACCGCCCUUUGAUCAGCAUUGUGCUGCCGGUCUACAACGAGCGGAGUGUGCUUGAAACGCUGCACGUCUCGAUCCUGAGAGCCGUUGAAGGCUACAACAUGGACUACGAGAUGAUCUUCGUUGACGAUGGCUCGUCGGACGGGAGUAGCGAAGUUCUCGAUCGAAUGGCUGGUAAGGACCCUCACGUUCGCGUUGUGCAUUUCGCCCGCAACUUCGGACACCAGGCGGCCGUGCAAGCCGGGCUGGAACACGCCCGAGGCGAUGCUGUGGUGUUGAUGGAUUCCGACAUGCAGGACGCGCCGGAAGCCAUCCCGCGGUUCGUGGAUCAGUGGCGCGAAGGUUACGACGUGGUCUACGCCAUCCGUGCCGACCGCAAAGAAAGUCGAUUGAAACGGAUGGCCUUCGCCGCGUUCUAUCGAACGCUCUCGAGAAUUGCCUCGACGCCCAUUCCACAAGACGCCGGCAACUUCGGGCUGGUCGAUCGACGCGUGGCCCGGCAGAUUGCGGAGUUGCAAGAACGGGACCGCUACUUCCCAGGCCUGCGAAGUUGGGUGGGCUACCGGCAAAUCGGUAUCGUUGUGGAACGUGCGGCCCGUUAUGACGGCCAACCGCGGGUGUCGUUCUGGGGGCUGUGCCGGUUGGCGAAGACGGCGAUCUUCUCCUUCUCGUCGUUCCCGCUGUCGGUGUUUGGAGUGAUUGGGAUGCUUGCGCUGGGAAUCUUCACCGCGCUGGCCAGCUUCUCACUUUUCUGCAAGCUGUUUACCAACCUGGCCAUCCCCGGAUGGACAUCGCACAUUCUGAGCGCCAGCUUUUUCGGAGCGUUGAACGCCCUGGGGAUCAGCAUUCUGGGCGAGUAUGUAAUCCGCAUCUACGACCAAGUGCGAGGGCGACCGAUCUUUGUGGUCGACAGCACGCGCAAUGUCGAAGAUGAAACCGCCGCUCCGGCGGCGAUUCGUCGGGCCGACCUGCAUGAAGAGUUGGACGCCCUGCACGAGAUUCAACGUCUCAAUGCAGAACUGGAGGCGAUGCGUUCGCAGUUACUGAACCGAGAUGAAACUGCAGAGGCAGAAUCGCAGGUUGUCGAGCAGGUGUAG